CACAUUUUUCUCCAACAUAUUGGCCCUACAAAUUCCCUCCCCUAAAAAGAAGAUUUGAAGUUUCUUCUUUUUUUUUUGUUUGUGUAUAAAACCCUUCAAAAAAAACCCCAAAUCGUUUCUCCGGGUUCCUACUUAUUUUAAAGACUUUUAGCUUACCUUGUGUCUGCCACCCCCAGAAAAGCUGCUACUUCUGAAAUGUACUCUACAAGUCUACAUGAAGUAGUAAUUAAUCAAGCUUUAAACCCAGAAAAUUCCCACUUUUUUUGACUCAUUUUCCUCAAAUUUGAGAAACCCUCUUUCUCUCUCAAAAAGCUCUCAUUAAUCCCUAAGAAAGAAAGGAAAAGAAACUUACUUUUUUUUUUCUCUUCAAAAAUGAGCACAAUCCUUCAAUCUGCAUUUUUCUGCUUAAUUUUACUGCAAUCCAACAUUUUUACUGCUCUAAGUUAUGAUGAUUUUGAGCCUCCAGAUGAUGAAUGGGAGUCUGCUACUGCUACUUACAUUAAAGAAGCAAAUGGGUCUAUUAUUAUUGAAGGGGCAUGUGGGUAUGGUGACCUUCACAAGGCAACAUAUGGAAGAUAUGGAACAGGACUAAGCACAAUAUUGUUCAACAGAGGGAGUAGUUGUGGAGCUUGUUUUGAGAUCAGGUGUGUUGAUCAUAUUAAAUGGUGUCAGCCUGGGAGUCCUGCAGUUGUCGUAACCGUCACCGAUUUCUGUGCUCCAAACUAUGGUCUACCUUCUGAUUAUGGUGGAUGGUGUAACUUUCCUCGCCAGCAUUUUGAAAUGUCUGAAGAUGCAUUUACUGAAAUUGCUGUCAAGUCUGCUGAUUUAAUUCCAAUUCAGUACAGGAGGGUGGAGUGUGAAAGAGACGGUGGGAUGAAAUUUACAGUGACUGGAAACGCCAACCUUUACCAAGUUCUUAUCACGAAUGUGGGACUGGAUGGUGAAGUAACAGGAGUGAAAAUCAAAGGCUCGAGAACAGGGUGGAUACCGAUGGCAAGAAACUGGGGACAACUUUGGCAAUGUAAUAUCAAUCUUAAAGGGCAAUCGCUCUCAUUUGAGGUAACUACCAGCAGUGGGAAAUCAGUGACUUCCUACAAUGUGGCUCCCAGAAACUGGCAGUUUGAUCAGACAUUUGAAGGCAAACAAAUUUACAAUUAUUAGCAAACAAAUGAAGGAAUUUUGAAGCUAUUGCUGGCAUUUUUAGUUUAUUGGCUUCAAAGAGGCCUGAUUUUGUAAACUACUAGAAUUAAAUAACAUAUGGUAAUUAAAUGAAAAGCUAUGAGCUGCUACACAACCCUUUUUUUUUUUUUUUUUUUUUUUUUUGGUGAUUGCUGCUUUAUAUUGCUUUAUUUAUGAUAUUCAAAGCUCUUUAUAAAUUAUAUCUCAUGAUGAGAUCCCCACUGAGAGCCUGAGAAGUUGGCUGCUUUUGGCUACUUUGCUCCAUGACAAAUGAAGUGAUGUGUUGAUCUGAAAAGAAAAGAAAAGAUUUAAUUUGUUAGACAACUAAUAAGAGGCGAAAUGUCAAAAUGAGCAAAUUGCCUUUGGAGUCAAGGAAGGGUACUAUUGAC